GGACUACAUCCCCCACAAUGCCGCGCGCCGCGGGCGGCUGGCCCCCGAGUGCGGGAAGGGCCGGCAGGGAGGCGGAGCGGAAGCCGAGUGCGAGGGACGAGCGGAGUAAAAUCUCCACAAGCUGGGAACAAACCUCGUCCCAACUCCCACCCACCGGCGUUUCUCCAGCUCGAUCUGGAGGCUGCUUCGCCAGUGUGGGACGCAGCUGACGCCCGCUUAUUAGCUCUCGCUGCGUCGCCCCGGCUCAGAAGCUCCGUGGCGGCGGCGACCGUGACGAGAAGCCCACGGCCAGCUCAGUUCUCUUCUACUUUGGGAGAGAGAGAAAGUCAGAUGCCCCUUUUAAACUCCCUCUUCAAAACUCAUCUCCUGGGUGACUGACUACUUAGAAGAUGAACUGUUCUCAUCAGCAACAUGCUAUUGUGUCAUCUUUUAGGACUAGGUAAUGCUCCAGUGACUUAAUACCAAUGACAUUUUCAUGUUGUCCACAAAUUCUGAGUAGAAACAUUUUCAAGCCUGUAGCCUCUCUGAGAGCUGACUGUUAUUAACUGAAUGAGAGGAUGUCAGCAAACAGAAUAUUUGACUGCUCUGAGAAGAAUGGAUUGAAGUAGAGUUGGAGAGGAGUCUGGCAAACCACUUGACAAGCAGCUAUAGGAAUCCACUUGGAGGUGGUGAUAGUUGGAUCACACUCUGUUGCACUUCUUCAGAGUUAAUAGAGUGGAUACAACCUUGCUGAAGAUGAAGAAUAUACAAUAUUGAGGAUUUUUUUUCUUUUUUUUUUCAAGUCUUGAUUUGUGGCUUACCUCAAGUUACCACUUUUCAGUCAAGUCUGUUUGUUUGCUUCUUCAGAAAUGUUUUUUACAAUCUCAAGAAAAAAUAUGUCCCAGAAAUUGAGUUUACUGUUGCUUGUAUUUGGACUCAUUUGGGGAUUGAUGUUACUGCACUAUACUUUUCAACAACCAAGACAUCAAAGCAGUGUCAAGUUACGUGAGCAAAUACUAGACUUAAGCAAAAGAUAUGUUAAAGCUCUAGCAGAGGAAAAUAAGAACACAGUGGAUGUCGAGAACGGUGCUUCUAUGGCAGGAUAUGCGGAUCUGAAAAGAACAAUUGCUGUCCUUCUGGAUGACAUUUUGCAACGAUUGGUGAAGCUGGAGAACAAAGUUGACUAUAUUGUUGUGAAUGGCUCAGCAACCAACACCACCAAUGGUACUAGUGGGAAUUUGGUGCCAGUAACCACAAAUAAAAGAACGAAUGUCUCGGGCAGUAUCAGAUAGCAGUUGAAAAUCACCUUGUGCUGCUCCAUCCACUGUGGAUUAUAUCCUAUGGCAGAAAAGCUUUAUAAUUGCUGGCUUAGGACAGAGCAAUACUUUACAAUAAAAGCUCUACACAUUUUCAAGGAGUAUGCUGGAUUCAUGGAACUCUAAUUCUGUACAUAAAAAUUUUAAAGUUAUUUGUUUGCUUUCAGGCAAGUCUGUUCAAUGCUGUACUAUGUCCUCAAAGGGAAUUUGGUAAUUUGGUUGAUGUGGUAAGCAGGUAGGUGAGUUUUGUAUAAAUCUUUUGUGUUUGAGAUCAAGCUGAAGUGAAAACACUGAAAAACAUGGAUUCAUUUCUAUAACACAUUUAUUUAAGUAUAUAACACGUUUUUUGGACAAGUGAAGAAUGUUUAAUCAUUCUGUCAUUUGUUCUCAAUAGAUGUAACUGUUAGACUACGGCUAUUUGAAAAAAUGUGCUUAUUGUACUAUAUUUUGUUAUUCCAAUUAUGAGCAGAGAAAGGAAAUAUAAUGUUGAAAAUAAUGUUUUGAAAUCAUGACCCAAAGAAUGUAUUGAUUUGCACUAUCCUUCAGAAUAACUGAAGGUUAAUUAUUGUAUAUUUUUAAAAAUUACACUUAUAAGAGUAUAAUCUUGAAAUGGGUAGCAGCCACUGUCCAUUACCUAUCGUAAACAUUGGGGCAAUUUAAUAACAGCAUUAAAAUAGUUGUAAACUCUAAUCUUAUACUUAUUGAAGAAUAAAAGAUAUUUUUAUGAUGAGAGUAACAAUAACUAAAGUAUUCAUGAUUUUUCACAUGCAUGAAUGUUCAUUUAAAAGUUUAAUCCUUUGAGUGUCUAUGCUAUCAGGAAAGCACAUUAUUUCCAUAUUUGGGUUAAUUUUGCUUUUAUUAUAUUGGUCCAGGAGGAAGGGACUUUGGAGAAUGGAACGCUUGAGGACUUUAGCCAGGUGUAUAUAAUAAAGGUACUUUUGUGCUGCAUUAAAUUGCUUGGAAAAUGUUAACAUUAUAUUAUAUAAGAGUAUCCUUUAUGAAAUUUUGAAUUUGUAUAACGGAUACAUUAGAUAUUCAUUUUAUAUAAUGGCCACUUAAAAUAAGAACAUUUAAAAUAUAAACUAUGAAGAUUGACUAUCUUUUCAGGAAAAAAGCUGUAUAUAGCACAGGGAACCCUAAUCUUGGGUAAUUCUAGUAUAAAACAAAUUAUACUUUUAUUUAAAUUUCCCUUGUAGCAAAUCUAAUUGCCACAUGGUGCCCUAUAUUUCAUAGUAUUUAUUCUCUAUAGUAACUGCUUAAGUGCAGCUAGCUUCUAGAUUUAGACUAUAUAGAAUUUAGAUAUUGUAUUGUUCAUCAUUACAAUAUGCUACCACAUGUAGCAAUAAUUAUAAUAUUUUAUUAAAAUAAAUAUGUGAAAUAUUGUUUCAUGAAAGACAGAUUUCCAAAUCUCUCUUCUCUUCUCUGUACUGUCUACCUUUAUGCGAAGAAAUUAAUUAUAUGCCAUUGCCAGGUAGAAGUUUGGAAUAAUUGUUUAGUCUCUCCUAUUAGAUGUGGACAUUUUUGUUUUUGUUUUUUUUUUCAGGGAUGAAAUAAAAUAUAUUAUUUCUACCUACAAA